CUUUCUUCCACCCCACCCGCCGAUCUUUCUCCCAAUCUCAAACAGAGACGUAGCGUUGAAGGCUUGUUGAUCAUCAAAUUCAGUUUUUGCAGAAACGAAUAUGAACCGGCGGUUUGUGAAUCUGGUGAUGAAGAACUACGCCGAUUGCUUUUAUUCUUUGCGCCGCAUCGAUCCUUACAACAUUUUCUUCUACGGGUCAGCAAAAGCAGCACUUGAAGCCGCAGAUGAAGCUGUCAAGAAGAAGGAAUAUUUUCCAGCGAUGCAGACCCUGCAGCUGCCGAGCCCAUGCAUGAACUUCGCUGCAGCCACCCCCGGCGGCAACCUGACUAUGUUCGCGCUCUUGAGCCACCGCGGCACCAGCGAAGGCAGAAUAGUCUACGGAAAAUCAGAUGGCGAGGCCGAGCUGUAUGACGCCGACAAGAAUAUCCACAACUCGCUGGGCCGCCUCAACGACCCCAAGGGGAUAGACCCUGUGUGCCUGCCCGUCGUGCACCCCGACGACCCGGACCAAAGCAUCAUGUACGUCUUGGACAGGUACCCCGAAGAGAGGGAGGUCGGGAGGGCCGUUAAUCGGUGCUUCGAGGUCCUCGAGUCCGUGCCCAAAGAGGCUGCUGCACUGGUUCGCAACAACACGACCUGGUAGCGUUGGCGGCGUCUUCCACCGCCUCCAUUCGUUCUCGAAGAUGGGUACGUAUCCUCCACCAUUUCCUCCUACGCCACCAAGGUCGACGGCAAUGGCUAUUCCACCAUCUACAUAUCAGCCAGUUCCGGCAUCGGCACCUACAGCUUCGAGACGGCACGCCGUGACUGCAGUCAACGUCUAGGAUGGAGGCGCACGGAGGAAUGGAGUCGUGUUGGGCCAUGGCAGCUGCCAUUUGUUGGCAGUGCUCAGUACGUUCCUGAUUUCAAUCGAUGGUUUGGUUUCACCCUCCAAGCCCCACCACCUGUGUGCUGUGGACCUCUCCACGAUGGACCAUGAACGACCACCCAUUGUACAGCAAGUUUGGCCAGAUGUGAUCCCACCUCAGGGAAAGGAGUGGCUUGUAGUAUAUAUCAAGCUUCUCGACCUGGGCAAUGGCAAGUUUCUCAUCGCCAAGACUUUUGAGGAAGGACCAUACAGUCGGGAGUUUACUGUGCUCACCGGCAUAGAGAUGAUGAAGGCUGGUGGUCAGAGCCUUCAGAUGGUCAAGCACAAGUGCGCCCGUUUUGACUUUGACCACGAAAGCAUCGACUGGGUGCUCUGAAUGAAUAACAGCAUUGAGUUGGUGCUCUGAAUGAACAAUAAUCUUGCAUCCGCAUUUGUAAUGCGGUCACCGAUUACGUUGCUAGUAGGUGAUCCAUUUGCAUAAUUAAGGGUAUGUGUGUUCAGUUCAGGCGGGGCAUGAGAUGGUUUGCGAAGAAAACAAUGUAUCAUGUUCAAUUAUAUAAUGUAUGGUUGGCUGGUUAUUUUCUCU